AUGGGGUCAAAAUGGUCAAGCAAGCAGUUGGUCUUCAGCACACAGAACCCUGUCCCUCACAAAAAAUCCACCCCCAGCUUCCAGCUGGUGGAUUUGGAACCAGGGAAAGCUGCCUUUGGUCAAGUCCUUUAUCAUGAUGGGGAGCUUGUGGUUGCGAUUGAUUUGCCUUUGACAUCUACCACCAUUGACUUGUAUCUGCUACGAACGGAAAAUGCUGCUGUCAAUUGCUGUGAGACUGCUUGCCCAUCAGCAAAAGAUCAGCAAUGCUGGGGCAAAGAAACUGAGAGACGCUACCCGGAAAAUUCUCAAACAGCAAACCUCCAACAGCAGACAUGGAGAGCUAUCUUCCCUGGUGUUUCUUUUGGCCGUUACUGCCUGAAACUUCUUGAACACACCCAGGUCAGCACUUAUGACCCCAUUUACACAAAGAUCUUUGAUAUUUCUUCACCCAGUAUUGGCAGUCCUGUAGAAGAAUGGAAUGUGACAUUUUUCAUUGAACAAGUCUUCCUCAAUUCAGAGAGGCGAUCAGUGAGGGUGGCAUUUGAAGUAGAUGAAGAGUACCAAGAAGAACUUCUUGACUUCCAGCUGGAGCUACUCUGUUCUGAUUGUGAUCUCACUUGUGGAGAUCCUAGUUCCUGCCAAGUUAUCACUCAAGAAGUGAAUCUUAAUCAGAAGACUGAACAUGUUUUCACAGAUGUUACAGGGACUUACUGCUGUGCCAUGGUGAGGAACAUUUUCUCAUGUCAGACACUUUAG